UAACUACGUCGCCAGAAAUCUCGGCGUGAAGAAACUGAUGGCGGUGAAGGCCGCCAAGGAGAUAUGUCCUCACCUGGUCCUGGUUAACGGAGAAGACCUGACGCCCUACAGAGAAACGUCCUACAAGGUUACAGAGUUGUUGGAGGAGUUCUGUCCUCUGGUGGAAAGACUCGGCUUCGAUGAGAACUUCGUGGACGUCACAGAGAUGGUGGAGAAGAGACUAAAGCAGCAGAAGACUUCUUCUGACCUUGUCGUGGCCGGUCACGUCUACAACAACCACGCCAUCGAUCUCCACGACAGAACCCACGUGGCGCUGGUUCUGGGCUCUCAGAUCGCAGAGGACAUCAGGCGAGCCGUGGCCACCACCCUGGGCCUCACCAGCUGCGCGGGAGUGGCCUCCAACAAACUCUUGGCCAAACUUGUCUCCGGGACCUUCAAACCCAACCAACAAACCGUUCUCCUGCCACAAAGCCGACAACAUCUUCUCCGUGCUCUUCGUGGUGUCCAAAAGAUUCCUGGCAUCGGCUACAAAACAGCCAAACGCUUGGAAACGUUGGGAAUCGAGAGCGUUUGGCAGCUCCAAACCUUUCCGGCCACCGCGUUGGAGAAGGAAUUGGGCCUUUCUCUCGCUCGGCGCAUCCAGAAGCUCAGCUACGGCGAUGACGACUCUCCGGUGACUCCAUCAGGUCCUCCUCAGUCCUUCAGCGACGAAGAUUCCUUCAAGAAGUGCUCGACGGAAGCGGAAGUCAAAGAGAAACUUCUGGAGCUGCUCCCGAAUCUCUUAGAAAGGGUCUACAAAGAUGGCCGACGACCUCACACGUUGAGACUCACCAUCCGCCAGAACUCCUCGAGCGAGCGAUGGUUCCACCGCGAGAGCCGCCAAUGUCCAAUCCCUCCUCAUCUCCUUCAAUGCUUCGGUCAAGGUAACGCCAACCUUCUCUCACCGUUGGUGGACGUCUUGAUGAAGCUCUUCCAUAAGAUGAUAAACGUGGAGGUCCCGUUUCAUCUCACCCUUCUAAGCGUGACCUUCUCCAACCUCAAAGAACUUCCCAGCACCAAGAAAGGAUCCAUCGGUUUCUACCUCAAGGAGAUGCCACCAAAACGUGACCGGGAAGUGGACGAUGGAGAUGCCGUGUGGCUCCAGAGCCACUGGAGAACCAGAGCCACCAAAGCCAGGAGACAUCUGGAGGAGAAAGAUGUCCCCGAAGCCGAAGUUCUAAAUGGUCCGUUGCCUUUUUCUUCUCAUCCCGUUGACCACCUUGAAGAUACUCCGAAGGCGAUGGUCUGCGGACAACCAGAACCGACGGAGGUGGUGGUGUUUCCUCCUGACGUCGAUCCUCAAACGUUCUCCGAGCUCCCUCCAGAUGUCCAAGAAGACCUGAUGGCCCAAUGGAAGAGUCAAGAAGCCAUCUCCAAACCUCUGGAGAAGCCCAAAGCCACCAACGAGAAGAGGUCUUCAGCACAAGUCAACACCUUAUUGAGGUAUCUAAAACCCCGAUGAGACCACUGGGAUGCGGUGGAAGACGGUGGACUUGGGAGGACUACAUUCAAAGAUGGACGAGUGCCACGUGGUGAUGGUUCUCCACCUCUUCGGUGAUGGUUCUUCAAGGUCUUUGUCCCGGUUGCUUGGAAAAGCGCUUUGAGAUCAUGGAGUCCAAGCGGCUGUGGCCACCGGAGCUCUUCUCCAGCGCUGGUGGCCACCACCGACCUUCCCCGAUGGCCACUGGGUGAUGAGCCAAAGGCUGGAGAACCUCAUGGAUGAGGCCACCAUGGGACAGUCGGGCCUUGGCCAGGAUGGAGAAGGCUUCCGGGGGACCUCAGAGGCCCUUCCAGGGUGGGAAGGAGCACCGGGAAGGGUGUGAUGGGAGUUGCAGUCCUGGUUGUAAUGGGGCUCUAUGCAGGCGCGGGGCGUCAUGGGAGUUGGAGUCCUGGUCAAAAAGGGCGUCUAUGAAGGCGCGGGGCAUGAUGGGAGUUGGAGUUCUGGUUAUAAAGGGUGUCUGUGCAGCUGCGGGGUAUGAUGGGAGUUGGAGUCCUGGUUAUAAUAGCGUCUAUGCAGGCGCGGGGUGUGAUGGGAGUUGGAGUCCUGGUUAUAAUAGGGUCUAUGCAGGCGCGGGGUGUGAUGGGAGUUGGAGUCCUGGUUAUAAUAGGGUCUAUGCAGGCGCGGAGCAUGAUGGGAGUUGAGUUCUGGUCAUAAAGGGUGUCUAUGGAGGCGCGGGGUGUGAUGGGAGUUGGAGUCCUGGUUAUAAUAGGGUCUAUGCACACGCGGAGCAUUAUGGGAGUUGAGUUCUGGUCAUAAAGGGUGUCUAUGCAGGCGCGGGG